ACAUGGAAAAUGUAUCUUUGUGUUCGGGCGUUCAAGUCGAUUUUUGUUGAGUAGAACCUUGAAAGGCAGUACAGUCGCACCGCACUUUGGAAACGCGUUCGUGAAACUAUUGGUGCAAAAGGCUUAAAUUAUAUUUUUCGUGAAAAUAUAAUCAAGCUUCAGUGUUUAAAUUGUGUUGAAAAUAAAUUAAAUAAUACAAAAUGUUCAGCGGAAUCGCAGGUGCGUUCCGAAGCAUCGGCGAGAAGACUGCUUCUCUCUUCGAGCGCAAGAAGAAGGAUGCCGAGCAAGUCGCCGCGGAGAAGGUGCAGGAGGUAGCCCACGUGGUGGAAGACCAGGUCAAGAAGGCGGGUGAGGUAAUCGGGGGGGCGCAGAAGAGCGCGGAGAGUGCCGCCGGGACAGCCGCUGACGCGAAGCACUCAGCCAUCGAUGCCCUGGACAAGGAGCUAUCGAAGGUCUCCCUGGCUGCUGGCGAGGCUGCAGACGCGGCCAACAAGGCCGUGGCUGACGGCAAGAAGGUCAUCGACACCACUAAAGACACAUUGGCCACGACGGUAGAUAACACGAAAAAGGCCGCAGAGUCUGCCUACAACACAACAAAAGAUACAGUUUCAAGCACAAUUCAGAGCACUGUAGAUACCACACAGAGAGUUGCCCAAUCGGCUAUCGAUACCAGCAAAACAUAUGCCACAACCGCUAGAGAUACAGUUGCUAGCACAGUCAAUAGUACAGUUGAAAGUACCAAAAAUGCCGCGCAAUCUGCGGUUGACACUACAAAGACUUACGUUGACAGUGCAAAAGAUACUGCACAAAGUACUUUCCAAAUGGCAUAUGACGCGUCUGUUGGAGCUGCCAGCUCUGCUUAUGGCAUGGGCUUAUCAUAUUUAGAAACAGCCAAAGAUACAGUAGCAAGCACAGUAGAUAGUACAAAGAAAACAGCACAGAGCACUUUAGAAACUGGGAAAACCUACGUCGACUCAGCCAAAGAUACGGUUCAGAGCACAUUUCAGAGCACUGUAGACACAACUAAGAAUGUCGCCCAAUCUGCUGUUGAAACUGGAAAGUCGUACGUUAACUCUGCUAAAGAUACAGUAGCUAACACAGUGCACACGACUGUUGAUACCACGAAAAAUGUGGCCGCGGCCGCCGUUGAGAAGGGCACAACUUUGAUUGGUACGGCCAAAGAAACUGUUGCAAACACUAUUAGUACAACUGUAGACACGUCUAAGAAUGUUGCCGCUGCUGCUGUUGACAAAGGCACUACCCUCAUUGGCACCGCUAAAGAUACUGUGACAAGCACUGCACAAAACACUGUAGAUUCGACUAAGAACGUUGCGGCAUCAGCAGUAGAUCAGGGUUCCUCAUUCGUUGGGUCAGCCAAAGAUAACGUAUCAAGCACAAUCCAAUCAUCUGUAGACACAACUAAAAGCGUAGCAUCGGCUGCAGUGGGUAAAGGCACUGAACUAUUUGGUACAGCUAAAGACACCGUCGCAAGCACAGUAAAUACCACUGUAGACACCACUAAAAACCUAGCCGCAGCAGCUGUAGAGAAAGGCACAACAGCUAUUGGUACUGCCAAAGAUACCGUAGCGAGCACAGUAGACACAACCAAAAACUUAGCCGCGGCAGCUGUUGAGAAGGGCACCUCAGCAAUAGGCACUGCCAAAGAUACCGUAGCAAGCACAGUUCACACCACUGUAGAUACAACUAAAAACCUUGCUGCAGCAGCCGUAGAGAAAGGCACUACAGCAAUAGGCACAGCCAAAGAUUCCGUAACAAGCACUGUUCAUACAACGUUUGACACUACUAAAAACAUUGCUGCGGCAGCUGUAGAGAAAGGCACCACGGCAAUUGGCUCAGCUAGAGAUACAGUAGCGAACACAGUUCAUUCCACUUUUGACACAACUAAAAAUCUUGCCGCGGCAGCCGUAGAGAAAGGGACUACAGCGAUUGGGACUGCGAGAGAUACAGUAGCAAGCACAGUCCAUACAACUGUAGACACGACUAAAAAUCUUGCCGCCGCAGCCGUAGAGAAAGGCACUUCAGCAAUAGGCACAGCCAAAGAUACCGUAGCAAGCACAGUAGACACAACUAAAAAUUUUGCCGCGGCGGCUGUAGAGAAAGGCACUUCAGCUAUUGGCACAGCCAAAGACACCGUCGCAAGCACAGUUCAUACAACUAUAGACACCACUAAAAACCUAGCCGCAGCAGCUGUAGAGAAAGGCACAACAGCUAUUGGCACUGCCAAAGAUACCGUCGCAAGCACAGUUCAUACCACAGUAGAUCAUACCAAAAACUUUGCUGCGGCAGCCGUUGAGAAAGGCACCACAGCGAUUGGUACUGCCAAAGAUACCGUUGCGAACACAGUCCAAGCUACAGUGGACACCACUAAAAAUGUUGCCGCAGCGGCUGUAGAAAAGGGCACAAAUAUUAUUGGCACCGCUAAAGAAACCGUAUCAAGCACAGUACACACGACUGUAGAUACAACUAAAAAUGUAGCUAGUGCCGCCGUUGAAAAGGGCACAUCAUUUGUGGGAAGUGCGAAAGACACAGUAGCAAAUUCUUUACAAAGCUCGGUAGGUGCAGCGGGAUCAGCCAUUGAAACAGGCUCAUCACUUUUUGGAAAAACUAAAGAGACGGUAGCUAAUACCAUUGAUUCAACCAAAAACGUAGCAGCUUCGGCUGUUGGGACCGGCGUAUCUUACGCAGCUAGUGCCAAAGACACGCUUGCGAACACUGUCCAUAGCACAGUAGAUGCCACUAAGAAUGUAGCCUCCUCAGCUUUUGACAAAGGAGUAUCAUUUGCAGGAAGUGCUAAAGAUACAUUAUCAAGCACUGUAGAUACAGCUAAGCACGCGGCAGCCGGUGCCGUUGAUACAAGCGUAUCGUUCUUAGGAUCAGCCAAAGAUUCAGUGGCAAACUCAGUACACAGUACGCUAGACAGUACGAAGAGCGCCGCUGCCUCGGUUGUCGACAAAGGAGUAUCUAUUGUGGGCGGUGCGAAAGAUCUAAUUGAGACCAACAUCCAAGAAUCUUCAGAUCCCUCUGAAAAUGUGACUGAUGUUUGUCAGAAGGCAGUCACGAACACAAAGGACACGGUUAAUGCGACGGUGGAUGCGACUAAGAAGGCCGCAGAAGAUGCAAAGGCCCAGGCUGCUAAGGCCGCAGAAGAAGCCAAGGCUCAGGCCGUUAAAGCCGCUGAGGAUGCCAAGGAAAAGGCCAGGCUCGCCGCCAAGGCCGCCGAGGAUGAGGCCAAGCGAGUUGCUAACGCAGCCGUAGAAGAAUCAAAGAAGGCUGCUGAGAAGGCAGCCGCGGACGCCAGCAACGCCUUCAACAGCACCGUGGACAGCACCUUGAAAAGGGUGGAGGACGCCGCCGACGAGGGCAUCAAGAAUGCCAGCCAAGUUGUCGACGCCAAGACCAAGGAGGCUGACAAGUACCUCAACGAGAAGAGGGAUCAUCUUCUGACGAACCUGUCGUCCGCUGUCAACGAUGCUUCACAAAACGCCUCUGGCCUCCUGAGCAAGGGCCUGGCCGCCUUCCCCAAGUAAACUGCUUGGUCGGCCAUCAUACACCUCUACAAUCAUCGCUACCUUCACAACUGUUUUACGAGAAUUUAACAGAUUUCGAUAUCUACCUGAAAUAUAUUUUAUUUCAACUUCUCGUUUUAAAGCUUCAGAUGUUCAAGAAUUUCCAACUGAUCUUUAAAAAAAAAAUUUUUUUAUUUGUUUUUUUUUUCUACCGAAUUGUUUUUUUAUCGUCCAAUUUUGUUUUGUGAUCGCCUAAAGAUUACUAACUCUGUUAUUUUCCCGUAAAACAUAAUUUUGAUUAGUCCUCACAUAUUGUUUAUAAACAUGCACUUUUUCAUAAGUUUUGUUUUUAAUUAAUACUUAUAGUACAAUAUUGUAUAGUUUAUAGUUGGUAAGUUUUACUAACAGUCAACGUUAUUAUAACUUUGCUAAGAAUGAAAAUUAAAUACUUAUUGUAUUGGCGACGUCCUCGCUUUUGACAGGUGCUGACUGAUACAUUUUAUUUAUAAUUUCAAUGGUUUCAUAUAAAACAAAAAGAAUUUUACACAGCUCAAAAUAAAUCUUUAAAAUUAGAUUAUAGACAUAUUUAUACAGUUAAGCAACCUUUUUUCAAAAAAGUAUAAUCUUGCGUUUUAUUUAAGUCACAACAUUUGCAAUCUCAUAUGAAGGCGUCUAUAUUAUUUAAGAUAAGUUUAAGUUACGUUAAGCUCAUUUUAUAUUUUGCAUUUUAAAUGCAUUUCGUGAACACGUCUCGAAUUUCCAUUUCUGCUUGGCUUAAAACCGUCCAUGUACGCCUUUUAAAGUUUAUGAGAAAUAGUUUACUUGUUCCUACAAUAUAGUAGCUUACAUACCCAUAGCAUAAGUCUCACAUGUGAUAAUGUGAAUACUAAACAGAGCCUAAAAUAAAAUAUUAUAUAAUAUUUGUUACAUUACUGCUUAGCAGUCUAUUUUAUGAUACAAAUAUAUGGAUGUUAAAAAUAUUGUAGGUAUUAUAUUAUAAAAUCAGUCAUAUUUUUAAAAUGGCGCUUUGACAUUGUUGCUUAUUUAAAAUUGAACUAUAUUUAUAUAUUUUCUAUUGGUUAAAUAUUAUAUAAAAUCAUUUUUAAAAUUACCUUUACUUCCUUUAUCUGUUAAAAUUAUGUAACUUACUAUGUGUUGUUCAAUAAAUACAUACGACUCAUA